CCAUUCCUAGUAUUUACGCUCUCUGUCUGAUUAUGAAUCUGUGAUGCUCCCACUUAUAUUGCGCGCUCACAUUCCUUGCCUACUCUAUAAGAAAUAUUUCUAUGAUCGGCACUCAGUUGAGAUUUGACGGACUAACUCUUUUCUUGACUAGCUAACGUAACGCUAGAUCUUUAUUUUUCGUUUCACUUACCAAAAUUUCAUCAAUUUCAGUUUGUUAAGUUUAGUGCAAAUUGUAUGUUUCGAGACGGCCAAGAUUACGGGUUGGUUGGAUUGUGACCUGAUUCACGUUAUUUCGGUGUGCUUGUGACGAUAGAUCACUACGAAUCUGGCUUGGACAUGAACUUGGACAAGGUUAUGCUUAUCAACGAUGAGAUGGAUAACAUUGCAGUUAUCAAGGAAAUAAUCGAAAGUAAUGACCAAGAGGAUGCUUUUUAUAUUCUGGAUGUCGGCGACAUCGUUGAGAAACACAGAACUUGGCGUUCGAAAAUUCCAAGGGUAGAGCCGUACUUUGCUACGAGAUGCAAUCCUGAUCGAUCGGUGGUCGCAAGUUUGGCUGCUCUCAACAUCGGUUUUGAUUGCGCAUCAAAGUACGAGAUCGAGCAAGUACUAUCGAGCGGGGUACCGAGGGAACGUGUAAUUUUCUCUAGUGCCGUAAAACUGCAUUCACACAUAAGAUUUGCGCGGAAAGUCGGAGUGGACAUACUCACGGUUGACUGCAAUGAAUUUGAAAUGGACAAAAUCAAGAGCAUAUUUCCGGAGGCGAAAAUUCUCAUUAACUUCGGAUGCGAUUCGACAACGGAGGUAAGAAGAAUUGGAGUGAAACAAGGUUGCGAUCCUGUCAAUGAAGUGCCGAAGAUAUUGAGAAAGGCUAAGGAACUUGGAAUUAGCGUAGUUGGAUUUAGUUUCAACGUGGGUAAUCAGUAUGCAAAGCCGUCCGCCUAUACCCGCGGAUUAAGGAUGGCAUUGGGCAUGAUUGAUUUCGCCAAGUCACUGGGACUAGAGGGGAUUAAGCUGAUAAACAUCGGGGAGGCCUUUGUCGGCGAAAAUGGUAGUUCAAUCAACCAGUUUGCCGUGGCAAUCAACGAGGUGCUCGAUGAAAUUGAUCCAUCGAUAAAAAUAAUUAGCGAAACUGGAAGAUAUUACGUCCACUCAGCCCUAACCCUCGCAAGUUUGGUUUACGGGAAACGAACUGUAAAGGAAAAAAGUGGCACGAGAUACAUGUACUACAUGAACGACGGUACUUACGGAUCCUUUGGCGAAAUUAUGAUGAAUAUCAAUACGAGAAUACCUCGUCCUCUAAAUAAGCCGCCGAACGAAAAGACCCAUCCAUCCUCAUUUUGGGGUCCAACAUGCGAUACCUACGAUUGCGUCGUGCGUGAUUGCGAAUUCCCGGAAUUGAAAAUUGGCGAUUGGCUGGUGUGGCCCAAUAUGGGCGCCUAUACGGUGUCUUUUGCAGUAAACUUCAACGGCUUUCACCGACCUGCAGUAUUUUCAAUUACCCGAAAAGAUAUGGAAUUCAUUGUUAACCAAGCUUGCUGUUGAAAGAUGCCUGAUAUGCUCGACGGAAAAAAGAAGCAUGAAGUUCUCUUUUCGUUCACACAACAUUUGUUACAUAUUUCACAAGUAUGUUAAAAAAUAAACAGAGUAAAAUAAAUAAAAAAUUCACAGUUAAA